AUCACACAGAGAGAAACAUUACUGACUCACAUUAAGAAUGAGCAGUCAGAUGUUCAAACAUUGAAAGAAGCUUUUGAAGGCCUUGAGCUGAAAUGCGCAGACCUGAUCUUGCAGGCCAGCUCACAAGCACAGCAAGCCGGGAAGCCACAGAUGAAAGACAACAGUCAGAGUCCUCUUGUUGCGACCCAGCUCAGUCCUUUCAGCUCAGUCUUGGAAAGAUUCAGAGUUGAGGAAACUGCUAAGGAUCCAGACUCCAGCUCUCAGCUGCCUGACCUCGACAGUCUGCAGUGCGCUGCUUCCUCUCAGGCCAAAAUCCAGGAUUGUCUGAAGGACACAGGAACAGCUUCAAAGCUUGCUUCUACUGGAGCAAAUGGAGGUCAGCCUUCUGAAUAUAAACAGGAGAUAAGGAUAGUUUUUGGUUCCAUUUUGAGGACCUUAAACUUAUUUAUCUUUAGGCCAAAAAUGCCAUCAGUUCAUGAUGAAACGAUGUGGGGUUUUUGAGUACAAUGCAGUUAAAACAGCAUAUUUUGUCAACAUCUAUACCUUUCCUUCCCAGGUCAAGACGAGGUGAAUAAUCAGCAAGAAAUGAUUAAACAGUUAUCAUAUUUCACAAGCAGCAUCCCUGAUAAUUCUGAAAAAAACACAGAAACCGCUGGUACAAGUGACUUAAUUGGACUUGAUCAGAGUUUUCUGAGUAAAUCUACCUGUGUCAGUACAUCAAACCCUGGGUGCGCUUCACUGAAUGGAUCUACAGAAUUACUUGAAUAUGAAACAUAUGAAGAGAACAAAAAAGGAAAUGAUAAGAAACAUGAGAGAGGGGAGGAUAGCAAAAAGAAAACCAACAAUAUACAGCAGGAGGAAAAAAUAUUUCAGGAAAAUGUGAAAAGUGAAAGAAAUCCUGCAGAAAAAAGAACAACCCCAGUUCAAAUGGUAGAUAGUUCAGACAUGCACAGGGAUUCUGAGGGGUCAGCAAAGGCAACAAAGAGGACCAGUAACCCAGAAACAGAAACAAGAGCUAGAGGUGAGGGAGAAGUAACAGAUGGAGUGAAAGAGAGAGGAGAGUCAGCAAAGCAUGCACCAGAAAGUCCAGAAACACAGAUACCAGCUCUCACAACUGCUGAUAUGAUUGAAGCGAGCCUCGGCGGGCAGGUCAAUGACUUCAUGGAUACUGAGCUGCCGUCAACUGUCUGUGAACCCCUUAACUCCACAGAACGUGUUUCUCUAAAAACCACAGAGAAGGAUGGAAAUGUAAACAGUGAAUUUACUGUCAGCACAAAUGAACACAAAGUGACUUCAGAUCAACACAGCAUCUGUGCUGAAGAUGAGAUACAUAUCUUAACUACAACGGAUCAGACUUCAUGUAGUGAAGCUCAGUCGAUCACACUUUGUCAGAUUCCAGGAGAUGAGAACCCAUCCAGGGAAACAUUGGGUGCUUUUCCUGCUGAAUGUGCCUCCCAGAAGAAUCCUGCUGGAGAGUUGGAGCAAGAAAACAACAUCCAGGUGUGCCAAACAAACCAAACUGAAACUGGAAGAUAUAAUUCUCCACACGUCAACGCCGAUAUCAUCCAAACAGAUGAAAAUACUGAUGCACCCGUCAGGAAAGAGUCUGAGUUAAUGAGAGAACCACCACCGGAAAUUUCAGCAAAGGAGAGUGUGCGGCUGACUUCUGCUGUGGCUAAUGAUGAAGAUGAUGCACAAAAGAGGAAGUGGAUUCAGCCAAAUGUAAACACAUGUGAAACUGUACAUAUACCUUCGUCAACAUCCUGUUUAAAGGAUGUAUCCAUGGAGGCUAUCCUUCUACCAGAUGUUUCACCUGAAAACAUUCAGGAGGAAACAAAAACCAACACACUGAAGGAUCCUGGGCUUAAAGAAAUAACCCAAGACAAAGGCGAUUUGAAUCUCUCUAUUCUGCCAAGUCAUGACGGUAAUGGAUGGCCAGAGCUUGACCGUUCACAGCUUCACCAGAAGAGACCUGAUGCUUCGUUUGAUUUGUCCCUGAUGAGCAGAAAGCCUUGCAGGUCCGUGUUUGACUGGGGGGCAGCUCAGAGGAAACGGUUCUGCUCGGGACCAAAGUCAGAUGGAGCCGGCCUGCUACAGUUAAACCAGGCUCCCGAUGUGUCUCAAACAGAUAGCACAGGACAUUCCCACAGCACUAUACCCAUGUUCAACGAAAGCAAGCACAACAAAGUCCCCUUGCUCAUAAUGAGAGCAUCAGAUCUAUUCAAUGCUUCUGGAGCUACAUCCUCUUUGACGGGUCAACAGAGGGAAGAAAACUGCAGAGAGGAACCAGCAGAAACGGACAAGACACUUUCUUUGUCCAUCAGUUCUUUUCCACGCACUCUCUCCUCUAAUACAAGCAGCAAAGGUUCACUGCAGACCAACCUGGAGUGUAGCAAAGCUCAGAGCUCAGCUCCAGUUACAGGGUCAGAGUCGGAGUGGGAUCUGUCCUGUUCCCAGGAGAGGGAAACCCAGCAGUCAGCUUUCAGAGCACAGAUCUCUAAGAUCGAACAUUUUCUCAACAGCGAGAGGCUUCGACUCUCCAAAAGACGACGAACUGACAGCUGAACAAAACUGAUGUAUCCACAAGUUUAACAAGUUGGUUCAUUUAUCGUGCCUUAGGUUUAAAUAUUAAUAAGUAAAACCUUUUUUUUGUUCUAAAAGGAAACUUUAGUUGAAAACAUAUAUGAAUAAACAAAUUUUUGCUUUGUAACUUUACACAUUUAACUUUAGUACAUAAAAUUUUGCUUUAUCCGCAGAACUCUGCUGUUCAUUCAUUGUCAGAUUUGGGCAACUGCUUCAGGAGGAAGGCAAUAUUGAUACAAAUAGAAGUUUAAGCUAAUGUUUGGAUUAGGUUUUGUGUGUUUUUAUAAGUUGAAUUUGAAGCAGAACUUUGUAAAUCAUUUUACUCUGCAUAAUUUAAGAACGUUCAUAAUGCGUUUUUGUUAGCAGUGGGUUUUGGAGCCACCAAUGCCUUGUUAAAGGAAGUAGCCUGAUAUAAAAGGGUAUAAAAAGACAGUGAAAUGUUUUUUUAUCUCUGAAUAAACCUUAAAUAUUUCAAAGCAAACAGCCCAGUCAUGUUACCACAAAACAAAAGUGCUGUUGGGGAAAAAAAAAAAAAAGAUUCUACGAGCAAUUAACACAUUAAUUAAUAUGGCAAUUAACAUUAACCUCAUAUCCUCAGAGGAGCUUUAAAUGUGAAGGAACCUUUAGUCUAAAUCCAUGCAGUUGUUGUUAAAAGUGAAAUUAGAUGUUGGAACACAACUGGUAACACCUAUUAAUGCUAAUUAAGAGACACAGCCAUAGAGGUAGCAAUUAGCACCGAAUACACGAACCCUAAUUAAGAGAAAUCAAUUAGGGAACAUACAGACCAAUUAGCUCACUGUAAUUGGCAUCUCAUUAACUUUAUGUUCCUGUUGUGAAAUAUAAAGACCAUGAAGCACAGACAGCUGGCUUCUCCUUGGUAUGAUUGCUGUUUAUCUUUGUCGCAUUCUAGACGAUUUUCUUGGAUUUUGUUUCAGUUGGUUGGAAAAUUAAGUAAUUUAAGUUUUUCUGUUAUUAAAUCAUUUC